GCAAAAACUCGUAUCCAAACGAUUAGAAAGAAAGCUCAUGAGCUGGUUUAUAAAAAUGUGGCGCAAGCACUAUACAGUAUUUUGCGAACAGAAGGAGUACCAGCACUGUUUAAAGGAGCCGUUUGUCGUGUUGUGGCUAUCGCACCGUUAUUUGCUAUCGCUCAAACAGUUUACUAUUUUGGAGUAGCCGAAAAGAUUCUUGGUGUGAAGAAAGCCGCACAUGUCUAG